CGACUGGUAAUACAGUUCCCUAUUAUUCGCGACUGAAGGCCGGUCGAACGUGUGACGUCAGUGUAGUGCUGUGUUCCUUUCUUUGCCACGCGUUGUACGGUGAUAUUUACUUAGAAACCGUAAAGAAGGAUAUACAAGGAUGGCGCCAAAGAAAAUCGAGGAACCGGAACGGAAACCGCUUAUUGGCCGUGUGGGAACCAAUUUGAAAGUUGGCAUAGUGGGUAUACCUAACGUAGGGAAAUCGACCUUCUUCAACGUGUUGACGAAAAGCCAAGCGGCCGCUGAGAAUUUCCCCUUCUGCACCAUCGAUCCCAAUGAAAGUCGCGUACCUGUCCCUGACACGAGAUUCGAUUAUCUGUGCGACUAUUUCAAACCGGCCAGCAAAGUCCCGGCCUUCUUGAACGUCGUGGACAUCGCCGGAUUGGUUAAGGGCGCAGCGGAGGGCCAAGGACUGGGGAACAGUUUCCUCUCGCACAUCAACGCUUGCGACGGAAUUUUCCAUCUUUGUCGAGCGUUCGAUGACGACGACGUUACCCACGUGGAGGGAGACGUGAACCCCGUCAGGGAUCUCGAGAUCAUCAGCGAGGAGUUGCGGUUGAAAGACAUCGAAUUCUUGAACGGCCAUCUCGAGAAAUUGGAGAAACUCGUUGUUCGAGGAAACGACAAGAAGCUCAAGCCCGAAUACGAUACGUUGUUGAAAGUGAAAGGUGUGAUGGUUGACGAGAAGAGGCACAUCAGAUUUGCCGAUUGGAGUGCCACCGAUAUCGAGGUUUUGAACAAGUAUUUGUUCCUCACGUCGAAGCCGGUUAUUUAUUUGAUCAACCUGUCCGAGAAGGAUUACGUGCGUAAAAAGAAUAAAUGGUUGAUCAAAAUCAAGGAGUGGGUCGACAAGAACGAUCCGGGGGCCAUUCUGAUCCCGUUCAGCGGCGUGUUUGAAAAUAAACUACUCGACAUGAACGAGGCGGAACGCGGGAAAUAUUUAGAAGAGAACAAGGUCACAAGCGCCCUCGACAAGAUCAUCGUUCAAGGAUACAAGGCACUGCAAUUGCAGUACUUCUUCACGGCAGGCCACGACGAAGUCAAGGCAUGGACGAUCCAGAGGGGUACGAAAGCACCACAGGCCGCGGGAAAGAUUCACACGGAUUUUGAGAAAGGAUUUAUCAUGGCUGAAGUCAUGAAAUUUGACGAUUUUAAAAACGAGGGAUCGGAAGCUGCUGUGAAGGCUGCCGGAAAAUAUAGACAGCAAGGACGCAAUUACGUCGUCGAGGAUGGAGAUAUAAUUUUCUUUAAGUUUAACGCUGGAGCUGGAUUAAAGGAUGCGAAGAAAAAGUGAUGGCACGUUUGGCUCAUGUUGCUGCUCGUUCAUUUGUACAUCAACAUGAUUGCCAUGUUUUGCUGCACGCGCGAUAUGCGUAUAAAAUGGUCGAAAUCACUUUCCGACACCCCUUAAUUUUAUUUUUCGUUCAAUUUGAAAUCAUACAUCACCGUCGUUGUACACCAUCGUUGAUAACGAUACCGGCAUUUUUAUAUAACAACAUUUCGAAUUUUACUCAAAUAAAUGAUAUUUUUAUAUGUUCUAUUAAGCUAUAAAAAAAAAUGUACGUCCUUUUGCUUGUAAUAAUGUAUCAUCAAAGAAGUAAUUUUCUGUCGGUUCUAUCGUAUCGAUUCUGGUAAUUAUUCGUUUUUCUUUUUUUCUUUUUUUUCUUUUUUUUUUAAUAUUUCAUACGAUAGUUGUAAUAUUGAAAAUCUUGCAUUUUUGAAGAAAGUGUAAAUAAAAUGAUAAAGAGCUUCGUUACAUGAUAUCCCGCUAAUAUUAUAUAAACAACCGGUAAACAGGAAAUAAUCAUUGUACGUUUUCUAAUGUUCCCUUGUACAUUUUCGUAUUUAUUCUAAAUACAUUUCGUUAAAAUAUUUAGUAAAAAAAAAAAAAAAAAAAAUACUUUCAUCCUCGGUGAUAUAAUAAGGCCGAUACGUUUAAAAGAUUGCUAUAUACAUUUAAAUGAUUACGAUAUUAAAGAUAACUGCUUGAACUGGAUCAUAAGAUGUUUUAUGUUCAAAGUAUCGUAUAAAUUGAAGAUCGAUACUUGAGGAAAAUUAAUUUUCUUCUUUACGUUUUCUAACGUUUUCUACGUUUUUUGUGUCUAUUGAUAUAUAAAAAAAAAAGAAAUGAAUAAAAGAUAACAUAAAUUCUUAUAUUUCUAAUUAAAUAUAAGAAUUAUAUUUUUAUUAUUAUAUUAUUAAAAAUACUUUAAACAUCAAUAUCUUAUAAUUAUUGAAAACACGAAUAUUAUAUCUUUGACUUGAAAUACCUACAUGUAUAAAUAAUUAUACUUAUUGUUAUGAUAAACUUACGAAUGUAAAAAAUGAAUAAAUUAUAAGCUGUAACAAUGGAAAAA